UUUACUAGAAAGGGUCCUGCUCUUUCUCCACUUCUUCCUUCCUUUCUGUUGCAAAUCUGCCAACUUCAAAAGAGGGGAAAAAAAAACAGAGAGAGAGAGAGAGUCUGGAUUGAAUUCUCUUGAGGUGUGGUGAUGAGAUGAGCACUUCCAAGUUCAUCAAGUGUGUGACAGUUGGAGAUGGAGCUGUUGGGAAGACAUGUCUCCUCAUUUCCUACACCAGCAACACCUUCCCUACUGAUUAUGUUCCAACAGUGUUUGAUAACUUCAGUGCAAAUGUGGUGGUUGAUGGGCAGACAGUGAAUCUUGGACUCUGGGAUACUGCUGGUCAAGAAGACUAUAAUAGGCUGAGACCUCUCAGCUACAGAGGCGCCGAUGUCUUUCUCCUUGCUUUCUCUCUCAUUAGCAGGCCUAGUUUUGAGAACAUAGCAAAGAAGUGGGUCCCAGAGCUGAGACAUUAUGCCCCAUCAGUGCCCAUUGUGCUUGUGGGUACCAAACUAGAUUUAAGAGAAGACAAGCAGUUCUUCAUGGAUCAUCCUGGAGCAUGCACCAUUUCAACAGCGCAGGGUGAAGAACUGAAGAAGCAAAUAGGUGCAUUGGCAUACGUAGAGUGCAGUGCUAAGACUCAGCAGAAUGUGAAGGCGGUUUUCGACGUAGCAAUCAAAGUGGUUCUUCAGCCGCCCAAGCCCAAGAAACAGAAGAAAAGACCGAAAAUCUGCUCCAUUCUUUAAGUCGAGUUCUGUUGCUGUUUUGGUUGAUGGUUUCUUUCAUUUGUGUUGUUUGUUGGUUUUUCUUCUUUUCUUCUUUCCAAGGCCGAAUUGGAUUCUUUGAUGUUUGUUAUAGUUUUUGUUGUUUUUCCUCAGUUCUGAUGUAACAAGAUUGAUUUACAUCUGACCACCACUUCAAUGCCACAAGCUCACAUGUUUAGUGCUAUAAUGAAGAAAAUGGAGACAUGAACAUGACCAGAUCA